UAGUUUGGACCCUUUUUUUUUUUUUGCCCCCACCAAACUUUCAAACUCCAACAGCAAUAAUCUACAUUUCUUUAGAUAGCUAGCUAGCUAGCUUGCUAGGGCGUGCCAGAUUUCUUCACAGAAUCAAACCCAACCGCCCUCCUCGCUUAUUUAUGAUCAUUUAAAGCUAAACCACAAACUAUUUUAUAUCUUCAUUUCCAUCGUCCUCUUUGUAUAUAUAAAAUUUAAGGGAUAUAUAGAAAGAAGUCGAAGUAGAAGUAGUGAGAGAAGGCAUAUAUAUAUAUAUAUAUAUAUGGAAAGCAGUAGGCCACUUCUGAAUGAUGAGAACGAGAAGCGUGAGAAGGAGUAUGUGGAAGUGAUAAAGGAGUUCGGAGAAGAAUCAAGAAGGCUGUGGAAGCUGGCUGGGCCGGCGAUCUUCACCUCGAUAUGUCAGUAUUCACUCGGAGCUCUCACUCAGACGUUUGCUGGCCUUGCUGGGGAGCUUGAACUUGCCGCCGUCUCCGUUGAGAACUCCGUCAUCGCUGGUCUCGCUUUUGGUGUCAUGCUUGGCAUGGGAAGUGCAUUGGAAACGUUGUGUGGGCAGGCAUACGGUGCAGGAAGGCUCAGAAUGUUGGGAGUGUACAUGCAGAGAUCAUGGAUAAUCUUGUUGACAUCUGCCAGUCUUUUAACUCCCAUCUAUGUUUGGGCCCCACCCAUUUUGGAGGUUGUCGGAGAAACCACUGAGAUCUCUGAGGCCGCAGGAAAAUUUGCUCUGUGGAUGCUUCCGCAAUUGUUCGCCUACGCACUCAAUUUUCCAAUUCAGAAAUUUUUACAAGCACAGAGUAAAGUGAUGGUCAUGGCUUGGAUUUCGGCUGUGGUACUAGUAGAACACGCAUUUUUAAGCUGGUUGCUAAUACUGAAACUUGGGUGGGGUUUACCUGGAGCAGCAUUAGUACUUAACUCCUCCUGGUGGCUCAUUGUGAUUGCCCAAUUGAUUUACAUUUUCAAAACCAAGUCAGAUGGUGCUUGGAGCGGUUUCUCAUGGUUGGCAUUUCAAGAUUUAUUUGGGUUUGUGAAACUUUCUUUGUCUUCUGCCUUGACGUUAUGUUUGGAGUUUUGGUACUUGAUGAUUUUGGUGGUCAUAACAGGCCGUUUGCCAAAUCCUUUGGUUCCAGUCGAUGCAAUAUCUAUUUGUAUGAAUAUAAAUGGAUGGGACGCAAUGAUUGCACUUGGGUUCAAUGCUGCAAUAAGCGUGAGAGUAUCAAAUGAACUUGGAGCUGGGAAUGCCAAGGCUGCGAAAUUUUCUGUGGUGGUGGUUUGUGUGACAUCCAUGAUCGUAGGAGCCAUAUGCAUGAGCAUAGUAAUUGCCACAAGAGAUUACUUCCCAUACCUUUUCACAACCAGUGAAGCCGUUGCAGCAGAAACCACAAGACUUGCAAUCUUGCUCGCAGUCACAGUGCUCUUAAACAGUCUUCAACCGGUGUUAUCUGGUGUGGCUAUUGGAGCCGGAUGGCAAUCUCUUGUCGCAUACAUCAACAUUGGGUGUUACUACAUUGUUGGAUUGCCUACUGGUAUUCUUCUGGGAUUCAAGUUUGGCUUUGGAGCCGAGGGUAUUUGGUCGGGGAUGAUUGGAGGCAUAUCUUUGCAAACCUUAAUCUUGAUAGUGAUCACUUCAAUAACUAAUUGGAAUAGAGAAGCUGAAGAAGCAGAAAGCCGUGUUAGGAAGUGGGGAGGUUCAGCUGGAGAAGAAUGACUGAAAAAAGAUUGAAGGCUAGAAAAAUUGGUUUUGAAGUUGAUCUGUACCAUUUUAAAAAAGAAAAGACAAAAUGUUAAGAGAGAGCACAGAAGGGUGCAAUUCCACAGUCUAAAUGAGGGAAUAAUGUGGAUCAUGGUGUAUUUAGGAGGGGUUCUCAUGAUUCCAUUUUUAUGUACUAAAUGCAGAGUUUAGUAUUGUAUCUUAAAUGGAGUAGUGUAGCUUUUUUGCAGAUUGGCAAUGCUUUACUAUUUGUUGCUUUUCGUUUCUAGUGUCUGGGAACUUUUUAUUUUCCUCUGCCGUCAAAUAAUUUCCACACAACUUCUUUUCAUUUACCGUUGCUGUUAGAACUCGGACGUUUGAGAAAGAAUGUUGUGGUGAAAAUGGACCAGUAGUUAUGGGCCUUAAGCUGAAGGCCCCAAGUGAAAUGGAAGUGGCUCUUGGCCCA